AAUAAAAAAUAAAAAACAAAAAACGAAAAAUAGACUGAAAACUUUCCAGUCUUUUAACACCCGUCUCUGUUUCAUUUCUUCGUUUGAUCGAAUUCAACAAACCGAAGAAAAAUAUUCUUCAACAAAAAUCAUGGAUUAAAUUCCAAUUUGUCGAAAAAAAGGGAGAAGCAAUUAAGUCGGGGAAUUAAUUCUUCGCGAAGAUGGCGGAAAAUUCGCCGUCAUCGUCUUCCCCACCGAAACCCUUACCAGUGCAGCAGAGCCCCGCCAUGAUUGAGCCUUCUAAUUCGCAGCAAUUACAGCCGCUGCAAUCCCCGUCGCCGUCGCUCGACCAUCAGCAGCAGCAGCAGCAAUUGGUACAGUCACAGCAGCAGCAAUUGGUACAACAGCCGCAAAUGGUGCAAGCGCAGCAGCAGAUGGUACAACCCCAACAGCAGCAAUUGCAGCAGCUACAGCAGCAGAUAAUGCAGCAACAGGGCAACACCAACAGCGUCAAUGGUGGUGGUAGUGGCGGUAAUAAUUUGAUAGGGGUUUCAAAUUUUCAGGGUAUGCAAAGGAAUCCUUCAAUAUCUAGGCUUAAUCAGAUGCAGCAGAGUAGUAGUAUUAACAGUCAAUUAGGAAUGAUGAGACAACAGCAGCAACAACAGCAACAGAAUUCGCCAUCAAUUUACGGGCAGAUGAAUUUCGGUGGAAUGAGCGUGACGCAGCAGCAGCAACAGAGCAGUAGUGUUGGUAUCAAUGGAGCUAAUAGCAACCAGCAACAACAGCAGCAGAUGGGGCAACAAAGCCAAUUGCAACAGCAAAUCGGGCAGCAGAGUCAAUUGCAACAACAAAUGGGGCAGAAUCAGUUGCAGCAGCAGCAGCUGGGGCAGCAAAACCAGUUGCAGCAGCAGAUGGGGCAGCAAAAUCAGUUGCAGCAGCAAAUUGGGCAACAGAAUCAGCUGCAGCAGCAGCAGAUCGGCCAGCAAAGUCAACUGCAGCAGCAGAUCGGCCAGCAAAGUCAACUGCAGCAGCAAAUCGGGCAGCAGAAUCAGUUGCAGCAGCAAUUGGGGCAGAGCUCUUUGCAGCAGCAGCAAAUUGGGCAGAGCCAAUUGCAGCAGUCGCAAAUGGGGCAGAUGGCCGGUGGGAAUUUGUCGAGGUCUGCUCUGAUGGGGCAGACUGGGCAUUUGCCGAUGUUAUCUGGUCAAGCAGCGCAAUUUAAUUUGCAAAAUCAGUUUUUGAAUUCGCCACGUCCGAAGGCGGGGUUCAUGCAAGGGUCUCAGUUCCAUCAGGGUAAUUCUCCUGGGCAGUCCCUACAAGCAAUGGGAAUAAUGGGGUCAAUGAAUUUGGCUACUCAACUCAGAGCAAAUGGCACACUUGCUUACGCCCAGCAAAGAAUGACGGCGAACCAACUGAGACAGCUUACACAGCAAAAUGCACUUACUACUGGCCAGCAGGGACAGAAUAUUACAAGGACGUCAUUUAUGAACGCUCAAAUUGCUGGGCUGGCUCAGAAUGGACAACCAGGUAUGAUGCAGAAUGCUAUAUCUCAACAGCAGUGGUUAAAGCAAAUGCCAGCAAUAUCCUCCCCCAAUACUCCUUCAUAUCGUCUACAACAACAACGGCAGCUGCUCAUACAGCAACAACUAGCUGCGUCGCCGUUGCAUCAAAAUUCAGUGAGCCUUAACCCACAGCAGUUGUCUCAAAUAGUACAGCAGCAAACACAGAUGGGCCAAUCGCAGAUGCAUCAGCAGAAACAACAACAGCAACAGCAGCAGCAGCAGCAGUCGCCAAUACAGCAACAACAGCCUCCACAACAGCAACUUUUCCAUCAGCAGCAGUCACCAAGAAUCGCGGGACCUGGAGGCCAGAAAUCUGUGAGUUUGACUGGAUCACAGCCAGAUGCCACUGGAUCAGGAGCAACUACACCAGGUGGAAGUUCAAGCCAAGGCACAGAAGCAAGUAAUCAGCUUCUUGGGAAGAGAAAGAUACAAGAUCUAGUGUCACAGUUGGAUUUAAAUGGAAGAUUGGAUCCUGAAGUUGAAGAUCUGCUGUUAGAGAUUGCUGACAACUUUAUUGAUUCGGUUACUACAUUUGCAUGCACCCUAGCAAAACAUCGCAAAUCUUCAACUUUGGAGGCUAAGGAUGUCUUGCUGCAUUUAGAGAAAAACUGGAAACUGACCAUUCCUGGGUAUUCAAGUGAGGAGAAGAAACACAGUACUGACAAUCCACCAGGUGAUGUGCAUAAAAAGCGUUUGGAUGUGAUACGUACCUUGAUAGAGCCUGCACAAACUGAGGCAAAUAGUGGUGCUAAGCAGAUGGUCAGGCAGGGAUCAAGCAAUCAAAUUGGUCAAAACCAUAUGGUAAGACCUUCUCCAAGUUCAGAGCAGUUAGUUUCACAGUCUGCCGUGCCCCAGAUGCUGCAGCAGAAUACCAGAUUCUGAAGGAUUCUUGCGGUUCUCUUACUCGCUUCACCACCAGCGCUUUGGCAAUCUCAUGACUCCGGUGGAUUUGCUUGUUGCUGGUUCAGUGACGUGCAUAACCAAAUCAACUAAUAGCUUCUUGGAAUAUAUAUAUAAAUAUAUUCUAUUAAUUUAAGUGAUUACCAUCUGUUGGAGUGAAAUAAAUGGUGAAUUUUGCCAUGAUUUAAGUUUGAUUUGUGUGAUUUUUCAGCAGGAUUCUAUUGUUUAUUACAGCCUCUUGUAUAUAUGUUUCAAUAGUAAUAUCUGAUUUGAUAGAGUUCAAUAAAUGGAAAUUUUCUGGCC